AUGAGGGUAGACCCGUUGUGUGUGCGAUGUGGCAUGGGAGCUGAGACCAUAAACCAUAUGCUCUUUGAGUGUCCUCCGGCUCUCCAGGCUUGGGCAAUAGCACCCAUUCCCACGCCUCCCCAGGUUUUCCCUACGGACGCACUUUAUUCAAAUAUGGCACACUUAUUCUGGAAUCUCCCAGACAAUGAGGAUUUGGUGAUGUACCCUUGGUUACUCUGGUACAUUUGGAAAGCCCGGAAUUACAAGGUUUUUUCAAAUGACGACUAUAAUCCGCAGGACGUCAUGGAAUCAGCGGUAACGGAAGCACGGGCAUGGGCAGCAGUCCAAACGCUUAACCAAAAAAUGACUCUUCCCAAAAUAUGCUACAAGUACAAUCCUGAGGAUAAAAUACUAAACUUUUAA